CUUUCCCCGCUCCGCAGGUCCCAAGCUGGCGCGUCCCGUUGCGCACAGCACACUUUCAUACACCGCAUACUUUCCACACACCUGCGCUUCCUAAACCUCUAAACCUCUAAACCUCUGUACGGGACUCGCUGGAAGGAAAAAAGAAAGAAAAAAGAGCAGCUCCAACUUCACGACUUAAUGUUUCACGUUGGGAUGACACACGAUCGGUGACAGGAAGCCUCGGGGGAGUUGACUCACAGCGGGAACAAGGAACGAGUCUCGGCUCUCCCCCGAGCAGUUUGCGCAAGGUGAUACUGCGGCGGAUGGCUCGUGUCGCGGCUGAUUAACCACGUUUCAUGGAUUUAUCAACUAGCAGUCACUUAAUGAUGUUUGCAGUUCAUCUUUGAGCUGUGCUCGGAUAUCUUCUCUUCCACCUCAAAACUUCAGUUACCGGAUCGUUUUGGGAGCGACAGGAUGGUUUCACACACCGGCUCGGCUCUGCAGAAACACACGCUCCUGUGGUUCAUCAUAGCAGUGUCUCAGUGUAUGGCAGCCCAGGGGUGUGGAUCCCAUUACGAAUACGCUAUUGAAGAAUUCUGCCUGGCCAAAUUCAAGCUAGACAUGGAAGAACUGGAUCAGAGACAGUGGUGUAGUUGGGAAGACACAGUUGAACUCUACGGUGAGCUGACAAACUGCACAUACUUGGUGGCACUGAACAUGGGGUGCUACUGGCCCAACCGAAUGGUGGACGAGUUCUUCAUCAGAAUCCACAAGCACUACUUUCACGACUGCUCGAUGUCUGGACGACUUCUUAGGGACCCUCCGAACCGCAUCCUGGGCCCUUUUAUUGUUGUCCCAAUCCUGGUCACCCUUCUCAUGACAGCCCUGGUAGUGUGGCGGAGCAAGCGCAGUGAGGGGAUUGUGUAAUGGAGGAAAAAGAGGGGGACUAGAUUCACAAGACUCGAGACAAGAGGUGCUUUUUGUCCCUUUAGGGUUACACUUUUCCUACCCUCAGCGACCAAUUGAUCUCUUCUCCUGAGUGUCAGUGUUUGGGAAAGUGAGACUGGGAUUAUAAUAUUGUUGACCCAGAAGAGGAGCUGAAAAAGACUCAAAACCAGAUCCUACAAUCAACCCAUCACAAAUAACAUUUAUUGAUUGUCUACACUAAUGGAAGUUCAUUUGGUUUACAGAGCACAGAUGUGCUUACAAGCUCACCUGCAUCCAAUCUGGACCAGAAGAGUGACUGGGGAAAGGAUAUUGUAAAUAUAAACUGGGAGAGACUGUUUGCAAAGAAAUUUCGAUGUGAUGAUGAUGCUGUUACAUAAACAAGAAUUUAACAAUUGCUUUUGACAACAACAAUAAUAAUGUUCUGCAGCAGACAGCUCAGUAGGAGCAAAAUGCUAUGCUAAAAAUGAUGAAAAUAUAACAAGGCAGACUCUCAGACUUCUGUUAAGGAACCCAGGGAUAUGAAUUUUUAUGUGUGUACAUACAGUAUGUUGGAAAUAUACUGUAAGUGUGUACAGUUUUGUGAUUUCAUGUGCUGAUUUAGUAAAUGUUUAAUUAAUUUCAACUACAAAGUACAUUCAUGCAGAUGGAUAACCUACAGAAGCAUGAAGCCGAUGCUGAUUUCAGGUGAUUAAAUGGCACAACAGAGGAUGGUCAUUCUGCAGGGGUGGAGGCCCAGUUCAUGAUGGUGAUGUGUUCUGAGAAAUUACAUUCUUCAUAAGCAUGAUAACUGCAAUAUAUAGAAUUCACAGUGAAAAAAAUAAUACUGUUCAAACUUAAGAGAAAGCAGAAAGUAAGGGGCUAAUUUAGCCAAUGCACCACCCUGCUGAGUAUUACCAUAGCCCAAAGCACAGCUUGUGUAUCAUGGAACUUGGGGAUUUUAUUGAUUUACGAUCUUCCGAUACAGUAAAGUGUGCUGUGUGAACUGUUUCGUCAUUGAUAUUUUUAGUGUUUUUUUUUUUCCUUUAUAGAUUCAUUGACCUGUAACCUGCCUGUCAGCAAAAUACUCUUUAAAAUACACCCACACUUUGUACUUUGUGCCAAAAUCUCAUGGAAAACAAGAGGGUAAUCUUUGUAAUGGAAUGUCUACUAUUCUGUCAGAGUGACUAUUAAUGAUUUAUUUUUCAAAUAUAUGAUUAUAAUAGAAAGUUAAAUAAAAUGGCUGAAUAAUG